AGUGAGACACAUCGCGGAGACCGGAAGAGAACCCUCUCUCCCUGAAGAAGUCCUCCGACGUAAAGAGAGUGAGAGAGAGAGAGAGAGAGAGGGGGAAGAAGAAAGAGAGGGAGAGAGAAAAAGAGAGAGAGAGAAUGAAACAAGGAGAAAAAACGGGAGAGAAAGAUAGACAGACGGAGAGAGAAAGAGAGAGAUAGCGAACACGCGCGAAAAACAUACGUCGACUCCAAUCGAGAGUGUCACCGCUUAUGCGCGCGCGGGAGUGCGAUACGGACCAUCACGAGGAAAACUGACAACGUCGUCAAGUGUCCUCCUCGCUGUUCGCCGCGUGUUUGCGUCGUGAGAACACGUGGGACUCGAGUAUUCUUCCACUUCCGGGUAUCCCGCGGGAGUGCAUCGAUUCGAUCGGAUCUAGUUGUCUAUAGUUAUCUGAAGCUUGAAGUGAUCUCGUUACAACGUGCAAAUUCCCUCGUGAUUGCAAAUCGAUAUAUUACCUUCACCAUUUAUCCCCUGCUGUGAGAGACAUACAUAUUUACGUUUUUGUGUCACACGCUUCUGGUUAAACGCGAGAAGAAAAGGAUUUAAAUGCUUUCGAAAGGUUUUGACAGCUCUAACAAAUGGAGAAAUUCAAUCUUUAAAAGGUCAUUGGUUUUACGAUCAUUUACAAUUAUUGCUGAAAAAGAGUUACAGGAGAGUACAAUAGUCGAAAGGAAGAAAGGACUAAAGGAAGAAAAGGAAAAGAGUUAAAGAAAGGAAAAGAGAAAAGUACAAAAAAGAAAGGAAAAAAAGAGAAAAAAGAAAAAAUAGAAAAAGAAGCAAAGAGAAAAAGGAGGAGGAGGAGGAGAAGAAGAAGAAGAAAAGAAGAAGAAGCCUCGAAGUUGAGACCAGGACUCGUUGCACACUCGCCGCUUACGUACCAGCGAGGCGUUGUGUAAGAGCUGAAAGUAAAAGUUGAAACCGUCGACUUCAACUCACGGGAGCGCGUGCUGCGCGCGCUAAAAUCCGAUCUUGCCUCCUGUAGGCUGGAUACUACCGAAUAUCUCUCUCCUCUCUCUCUUUCUCUCUCUCUGUCUCUGCCCCGUCUUUCUCCAGUGACUUUCCGAUUUUGUUCUUCCUCCUGAGAAGAGAGAGAGGCAGAAAGAGAGAGACGGAGAUAGUGAGUGCGCGCCCGAGUGAAUUCGUGCAUGUGUUCGGAUUCGCAUGAUCGCGGACGCCCGCGUCGCGUCCGGCGCCCUUGAAGAGAAGCUCCUCUGAUGCGGAGGAUCUAUCCGAUCCACGCGUGCCGGAGAAGAAGCCGAAGAGGGCGUGCUAGAGAAAGAAGACGAGGAGAGGAGAGAAGAGUAGUGCUCCGUUCAUUGCGUAACAACGUUUUCUAGUCCGCUGCUUCGCGAAAUACACUCGCGCGUGGUAUUUCGUUCGCACGCUCGCGCUCGCAGAGGUGUAUCGGCGCGUGUGCGGAGGAGUUUUCCGUCGUCGUCGGGGUGGACCGGAUCAGGAGGACGUCGAAAACACGACACUCAUUGCAAGCGAGCGAGAUGCUGACGACGCUGACGGCGCUGACAGCGAGAACGAACGAUGGAAAGUGAUCGGUCUCGCGCGCGUUUCACUCCGUUCAGCGCGAAACGCGAAUGUUCAAGGUCACAGUCGCUGGUAUCCAGCCGGUAAUUUGUUUCCGGAGUUGCUAGAGAGUGGUCUUCAUCAACAUCAUCAUUAUCAUCGAGUGGAAUCCCGGUAGCAUCACCGUGGAAGGAUUCGACGCGCGGCAUUCGCGGGCAAAUUUAACCCGUCGUCUCUCUCUCUCUCUUUCUCUCCUUCAGUUCACGAUCGACAGCGCGCUCGCUUUUACUUCGCCGCCUCGUCCGGGCGCAAGAAGUUUCGCAAAAGGGAUUACAACACGCAGAAGAGAAAGGAGACAGACAGACGGAAAGGGAGACGCGGAAGGGAAAAGGACAGCGAAGAAAGAGAGAGAGACAGUUCGAGACGGAGAGGGAGAAAAGGAGAAGGAGGAGAAGAAGGAGGAGGAGGAGGAGGAGGAGGAGAGGAGAAACGGACAACCGCGAUACGACAACCGUGUGCGCGAAAACCGCAGGAGGAGGACGCGGAUUUCUCGCGCGGAGGACAGGAGUCCUCGCGACCGUCGCGUGGUUCGACGAGGAAAGCGUCGAGCGAGCCGGCGCGAGGGAAGGCUCGCUCUCUCGGAACGAGGAGAAAGAGGCGGAGAGCAGACCGCGGUAGCGAAGGACGAGUCUGAAAGACGAUCCGGAUGUGGCGAGAUCCACUCGCUUUCCGCUCUCCCGCUCUCCUACCGAUCGUCACGGUGCGUCGCGCCGCGCGACGACCACACGCUGAAUCGGCUGAAUCGGCUGAAUCGGCUGAAUCGGCUGAAUUCACCAAGGCGGCGCGAGAAAUUUGGUAACCCGCGCGAUUAAGGAGCAUCCCGCUGAAUACGGGGAACCGCCGCGGCAGCGUUCGCCGAGCGGAAUUAAAAGUGCGUUUAAAAAGGUUAGCGGGAGAAAAAAGGUGCCCGCGUGCGCGCGCGCGCGCGCGAAAGGAUAAGAGAAAGGAAUAGGAGCCACCUCCGAGUCCUUGAGAGUACCCAACGGGUAAAAGUGCCGCGCGCAGAGCCAGCCGGUUGACCCUGGGCAGUCAACGGAGCAGACCCCGUUGAAGUAAAAAAAAAAAAAAGAAAAAUAAAAAAAAAGUUCUUCGUCGUCACCGCCGUCAUCGUCGUCGUCGCCCUUUAUCAUCGUCGCGGACGUCAUCAAGAAUCAUCCCGUUCCGGGCUGACGAAUCUCCUCGCGCGGCGCGAGUUUCGGAUGAUCUAAAUCGAGGAAGUGGGUUGUACGUAGUGUGCGUGCACACUCGCUUGCUCGCGUGCGUGCGUGCGUGUGUGCGUUGUGAGACAAAACCACGUGUGUGACAUCGCGCGAGUGGGCGCGAACAGGAGAGCAGCGAGACGAAACGCGAUGACGUGGAGGAUCGUGAAAAACGGCUGAUUGCGAACGACAUUCUCGCGAACGACGGUGAAAUCUCCUCUUUUCUUGUUGUUUUCGACCGGCGUCGAGAUUUUUGUUCUCUUUCUCUCUCUCUCUCUCUUCGUGCGAGAUAGGUAAUUGUGUGACAUCGCGAGCACGAAGAACGCGUACACGAGUGUGAAGUGAUACGAUAUAUAGUGCCGGUAUACCUCGAGUUCGCCGCGAGCGUGCUCCUCGUGCACGUUUCUCUCGUUCGACGUUACCGCUACUGAUCUGUUUCUCUCGUGCCAAGUGGUGGUGAUCCAUACUGCGGAAUAUCAAUGUACGUCACGUGCCCGCAGCGUCGCCGAUGUCACGGGAUCUCGGCUCGUCAUCGCCGGCUCGCAAGGAGAAUGUUUUACACGUGACUCGACGAAGUAGUCCCGUGGGAUAUAUACUCCGUCGCGUUGCUCAUCCUGGAUACCGCCACCGAUCACGCGUUGGACAGCGAGCGCAGUAGUAGAAAAAGCGCAAGACGAUGUAUUCUGACGGUCUCCUGACACUCCACUAUGGGAAACAUCCAGCGACCUUGGCCGCAGAGGUCGGGGCCUGGUACAGCGGGGACCGUCACGUGGACGUGACCCUGGCGUGCGACGAUGGGUCUGUCGUGAAGGCCCAUCGUGUCGUUUUGGCUGCAGCCAGUCCCCUUUUAGCUAGUCUACUUCGGAAUCCUAUUUUGGACCACGUGGUUCACUUAUCAGGCGUCCGAAAGACUCAACUGAAUCAUUUAUUGGAGUUUCUGUAUAAUGGCGAGGCAUUGAUACCGUCGACAGAGCUUACACCAUUGAGGGAGCUCUUUGAACUACUACAAAUUAAGUCAGAGCUGUUUGAGCCUAAUCAACCUCAAACUAGUAACUCUGAUCCCGAAAGAAUAUCAACUCCACAGCCCUCAGAAGGCCAAGAGAGUUCCAGUUAUGAAUCCCAAUAUGAUGGCAGACAGUCCAACAAUCCCGCGGACUGUUGUUCAGUCCUCAUUAAAACGGAAGGUUGCGAAGAGGAGCCGGAAGUGGAUGUGGACGUGGAAGGUGUGGAAGGCGAGAGUCUUCUAUCGGAUAACAGAGAAAGCAGUAUAGAACCUCCUAGAAGAAGGGAUAGUUCUGAUCCUGUUAAUCUCAGUCUCAAUUCCGGCACUUCCGUCACAAGUGACAGUUCGCACGAUAUAAUACACAGGUCUGAAAAACCGAUAUUCGAGAGGCGAGAAUCUCUUGAGGAAGCUGAAGAGAGAAAGAGGCAGUUGGCGACGCGAUUGGCGUUAGGCUUAGAAUCUGGAAAGAGGAAAAUCGAUGAAAUGCCAAUCCCACCUGCGGAGGCAUACGUCGUGACGCCUCAUCGAAAGCGAAGGCCAGGUUUUCACAACGCUCCCGCACAAAAUCCAGCUUUCGUGCCUUUUAAUCCAGGGUUCGAGACGCCCAGAAGGUUGCAGGCGCCACAUCCUCUAAGUGUUUCAGCACCACCGUAUUUGCAGGAUAGAUCGGUGACACCGCCAUCACAUCGGCCACCGAGCGCCGAUCCGGCAACAGCAGCGACUCUCGAUCCACCUUGGGCGGCAUGGACUAUGCCACCUGCCAGAGCUCCACCGCCGCCACCAUCGACGGACGAUCCGCCAAAGUCUACUCCUGUUCGUGAAUACCGAUGCAGUUACUGCGGCAAGCAGUUCGGCAUGUCGUGGAACCUGAAGACUCACUUGAGAGUGCAUACAGGCGAGAAGCCUUUCGCGUGUAGACUUUGCGUUGCCAUGUUCAAGCAGAAAGCCCACUUGCUGAAGCACCUUUGCUCGGUGCACCGAGGUGUGAUAGCCGCUCCCGAUAAUACGUUUUCGUGUUGUUUCUGCUCGUCAUCGAACUUCGUCAAUCUACAAGAUCUCAUCAGGCAUCUUUCAGGACCGCACAACAAUCUGCUGCUCAGCAGGAAUCUACAUCGCGAAUUUACGAAUCAUGAAUAGCGACAAAGUCAAAGACUAUCCGGUGCUGAAGAGUGUUCCUCGAGCGUACAAUAAUGAAACCUUUGAGCGACUUAUUUUAUGCUCUCAAAAGUUUCGUUAGAAGGAUGCGAUCGAGACAUAUGAUUUCUGUUCAGAUCAUUUUUAAAAAUUAACACAAAACGAGACAUUUAAAAUUAUCAUCCAAUUUUCAUGCUUUUUACUGACGAUACACAAGAGUGUGGUAAAAAAAUCAUAUUUUUUAAAAUAUGAAGAUUACUUAAAAAAAUAUAUAAUUAUAAAAUUUUCUAAAUAUGUAGAUUAUUUUAAAAAAUAUAUAUUAUAAAAUUUAUAUAUUUUUAAAUAAUCUUUAAAUUUCGAGACAUAUGAUUUUUAAUUUAAUAAUUAUUUGUCUUUUUACAGAUAGAUAAUUUUCUAGAUCUUGUCGUAUUAUUAAAAGCAAUGAAGAUUCUUUAUGUAAUAAUUUUAGAUAUUCUAUCUCAUAGUUUGAAUUAUUCUGCUAUUUAUAAUAGCCUUCAAUAUUCCUAUACUAUUUAUAUUUAUAUGUAAUAUACUAAUAUUACAUAUUAUAUAUUUUGAUUUGAAUGUAACGUAAAAUAAUGUAAUUUUACUACAGACAAAAUAUAAUUAGAAGCAAGAGCUGAAAAAUGAUUAUUGGUUUAAUAUCAUAUGAUAUUAACAAACAAAUAUGAUAUUAGAAAAUAAAUUUACACAUGGUCUGAACAGAAUUUCAAGUACUGCAGUUUGUCUUCCUACUUUUUUUAUUGGUUACUAUAAAUCUUUCCAAAAGUCGCAAAAUAAUUUUAUUUAUAAAAAAAUAAUACACAAGAAAAAGAAACUUUGUAUAGUUUCAGCAAGAAAAAUAUAAUCUCAUUAUUCAAUAAUAAUUUUCAUCAAGUGGGAGAAAAAAGUAUCAGAUGCAAAAAAUAAUAUCUUCAAACUAAGAAUGAGAACAUUUGAUAUGCAUUAUUAUCAUCAAAAUAAUCAUAUUGUGUUCUUUAGAAUACUAUUAUAAAAUUAAAAUUAAAAUAUUAUAUUUUGCCGAAAUUUAAGAUUAUUACUUUUUUUAAAGAAGAUUAAAUUGUAAAGAAAAAGGUAAUAACACCCAUUAAAAUUUUAUUUAAUAACUUGAAUGUUAUUAUCUAAUAAUAUCUUUGCGUGAAUUUAUAUGUCAAAUUAGAAUUUACAAUGCAGAUUUUUCAAAUCUUAAUUAUAAAUUCUGUCAUAUAAGUUCUCUUUGAAGACAAACGGCAGCACCGGAAAAAGGUCUUUCUGAAGAAUAAUAACCUUCACUUACCGCACAGAGGUAUGACAUAUUCAGAGCGUUUGAAUCAUACAGUCUUUCUAGAAACAGAGAAGUGAGGAUGACUAGAUGUGGGAGGAAAAAAAGUUAAAUGUUCAACCUAUUUCUUUCUUCUACCUAUCAUCGUUAAUUUUUGUGAAACAAAAGUGCGUAGUGAUUGCACGCGAAAGUUGAUAAGUAGUGAAAAUACGUGCGGUACCUGAGGGAUUAAAAAGGGAAGAAUUCGAUUUUAUAUAUACAAUGUAUAUAUCUCCUCCAUCUGAAGUCGCUCAAUUGCGUCUUUUCAGCAAGUAUCUUAUCGUUACUGUUAAGUAAUAACUUUGAUAAGAUGUUUUUGUUAAUAAUCGACGUGAUUCGAGUACGUACGUCGGAAAUGAUCGUCACAGAUGAUCUAGGAAAAGUACAAGGACGAUAAUAUGAACGAAAAGAGAGUCAAUUAUUGUCACGCGCCAAAUCUUGACGAGCUUGUAGGAUUGAAGCGCAGUCUCUUUGUCGCGUUUUGUUUAUUGUUAUAUUAUUUUAAUCGCUGCACGUGGCAAAUCCGGUUCAAUAAGUCCCGUUUACCUCAGCGCGUGCGACUAAUCUCACACUGUACAUAGUGUUAAAUAGAAAUGAAUUUAAGGCGAACUUUAUUUAUUCUAAAGGGACCAAUUUUCCACCGAUUUCUAUCUUAGGUAGAUUUUAGGUGUCCUGCCCGCCAAUCGCCACGAGCUAAUUGUUAGCAGAUAGAAAAUACUUUUCAAUCGUGAAUACGAAAAUUCGAUCGGGAUGUUGAAAGAUGGGUUGGGAAAGAACGGAGUAUCGGAUUAAGCAGGACGGAAGGGAACAUUAUCGGCGAAAUAGAUUGCGGAAGACGCAGUUAUGAUGUUUAUAAAUUAUUGAUGAUUUAUUGUAUAGUAAACAUCGACGUUGUUAAUGUUCUGUCUUCUAAAAACCUGUCUUCCACAUUGUCGGCUCUUCCUCAUCUUCCUCAUCCCCGUCCUGACAUCCCAUUCACGGUACAUCCUUCAGUAAUAACUUAGCGACUCUAGUGCCUUGUCAAAUGGGUCCAAAUUGGUCGAUUGGGCAGUGAUUUCAUGUGUUCAUAGGCUUAAGAGACAUAGGCGUUUAAGAUGACGAUACGAGCUCGCUUAGGAAAUGGAGGAAUGAUAAUGAAUUCACAUAGAAUGUUUUAAGAUUCAUUCGAAUUAAUUCAAUUUGUCUUAAGGCUAGUUAGAUCGUUGUAAGUAGCAGCUUUUUUUCUCUAAUUUUAUCUUUGUUUGACGCAGGACGUCAUAAUUUUUUUUUCUUCUCUAGGUAGGCAUUAUUAUUACCUAAGGUGCCUUGAAGAAGGGCCUCGACCUCUUUUUUGCUCCUUGAUUGUACGAAACCAUCUCAAAGUUGCUCGGAAGUGAUUAAUCGAGGAGAAGUAAUAAGACACUGUCUCGAAUCGAUCGAUUGACGCGCAUUGGGAAGUUUAUUCUGUUCAAAGAAUACACAUUCCAUAAGAAACAAAGUCAAAAAGAGACUAUUUCAAUGCAUAACGUUUAAUUGAUCGAGUUGUAAUUGUGAAGAUAUAUGUAUUGUACAGAAAUUAGAAUAUAAAAGCCGAAUGUAUAGCUUCGAUCUAGAUUCGCUCAUACCAAAGACGUUCUUGUAAAAGUUAAAUAAUAUUAGUUGAAUGUAAAACGCAAUAUACAUUUAAUUUUUAAACGUGUGUCAUUUUGAAUAGCACGCGAAUCCUAAAUGGCAACGUACUUGAAAGAUAUAUUUUACAAUCUUAAUAUAUAAUUUGAUUAUAUAUGUGUUAUCGAUUGCAAUGGAGGUGUAUAAAUAAAGUACGUAGCAAGUUUGUACACUAAUUACAAUACAGUAAAUAAUCGUCUAGAUGCUGUGGUAAUAAAAGACCUGUGUACAAUAAAGGGUGUAUAAAAGUAUAAAUUUCUAUUUUUAAAGUUUAUAAAGAAAAAAAAAGAAAAAGUUUCUUUACGGUCUGCUUCUCUCUCAAAAGAGCGUCUUGUAUCAAUCAAUUAGAGUGUCGCGCGGGAAGAGGACGGAAACACGGCCGAUCGGUGUUCUUUCUUCCUUACAUCCUCCGUGUUUCCGCUCGGCCUCGCAAUUGCGAUCGCUCGGGUGGUGAAGACAAAUCGAUCAGUCUUUUCUUCUCCUUCACUUCUUUUCAUUACGAACGUUCAUUCACGGAAAUGUUGUUGAACGGGGAGACGUAUACAAGAAACGGAGCAGAAAGAGAGGUUGGAGGGGUGGGGUGCGCUCUCGCGAAGCCAGGCAAAAACGGCCAGCACAAAACAAUGAACGUAAUGUGAUACUAAAUGAUAAUAAAGCUAAAGUAAUUAUUGUUUAGCGUGCGACGCCGCGGCGUUCAUGGCACGGGCGCGACUCGUGGCUCUCGGCGUGAGCAGGAGAGAAUCUUGCGAUCGCGAAGGGGCUAGAUGGAUACCGACGGAGAAAGAUCUUUUGCGAGUCGCCUAUAAUAAUUUAAGCAAUCAGCUUUUUAUCACCAUUUUCCCCUUUUACCCUUUCGCCCACCUUUACCACACACUCCCGACCAUCAGUCGUCCCCUCUUCUCGAGCCGUAAACGCACUAGGGAUUAUGCAUUACAGAUUAUUUUAUUGUUAAUUAAUUAUGUUUAGCGCGCACGCGCACCUGGAUGUCCCCCUCCUCGAAAUCGCGUUUGCAUCGUCGAGACGGAAAGGAAAGCAAAGAUCUCGAAUUUCGCUUUCGAUCGACCGAGUUGACCGAGAACGCGGAAGAAAAUGAUGUUUUUCCGAUUAUACGAUUAUUCGACGUUGCAAAGUAUUCAGGAACUCACGAGUUCUCACGUCGUUAGAUGGCAAUUGUAAAUGAUAAAUUAAAUUACGCGUCGUUCAAGUAAAGUUUAAGGCAUGCACGAAUAAUAAUUGGCGACUAAUAAUCUUGUGGAAAGAACAUUUUCAUUUUCCACGAUUUACAUUGUCUUCCGUCAUUGUACUGCGUCUUCUUUUCCUCACUCGGACAUCCGGGUGAAACAUUGUAGAUUUUAAGCAUCUUCCAAGCGGGGCGCGAGCUCUGUAUAUGCUUUCUUAGUGUUCAUAGGUUUAUGAAAAAUAAAUUAAAAUUCUGAAGAAAAUUGGUGUAUGACAAGAUAAAAA